AUGCCGCCCGCCGCGCGUGGGUCGCCCGGCCGUGGCAGGUCGACGAGCCCGCGGCCCCUGGUCGCGCCCGAGCACGAGCAUGACGACGCGGGCCUCGUCGAUGGCCUGCCCGACACGCGCCAGCUGCAGGCGUUUGGCCGCAAGGUCACGGCGACGGCCAGCAGCCUCAUGGGCACCGAGGGCGUCGCGCAGCACUACCAGAACGCCCUCGGCGAGCUGCACCGCGAGAUCCGUCGGCCGAUGCUGCAGCGCUCCGUCUUCUCCUUUGCCAACACCACCCCGCGCGAGAUUGUGCGCUCGCGCAUCUCCGUCCCCGAGAUCCAGCAGCGCGCCCUCGCCUACAUCCCCGACGACCUGCUGCACAACAUCCCCGAGGACGCAAACGACUUUUCGCUGUUCCAGGGCUUCCAGGCCUCGCUGCCCGACGACCCCGCCCACAAUCCCCCGCCCGCCCUCAAUGCGCGCGGCCAGCGCCUGCUCGCCGACGGCCCGCCGUCCAUGCAGAAGCUGCGCAGCCAGAAGCACGCCACGGGCCACCGCCUGGAGAUGAUGGGCGUGCGCAAGCACAUGUGCGUCGCCGAGAUCCGCGAGAUGGACAACAAGAUUGCCAACCUCAACACCCUGCGCAAGCUGACGCUCGACCGCCUGGCCGCCCUGGAGAUGGAGGAGGCCGACCUCGAGCAGGACCUGCUGGGCCUCGACAACCGCAUCGAGGACCUGCAGGAGGAGCUCGACGACGCCGCCGCGCUGGCGCCCAAGGCGCCCGCGCCGCCCUCGGCCGCCGCGGCCGCCGCCGGCGACGACGCCGAGGCCGACGACCGCUUCAUGUCCGAGUCCAUCUACCAGAAGCUGCCGAGCCCCAAGUCGAAGAAGCACGCCAAGCGGCCCGUACGCCGCAUCUCCAUGCCCAUCCUGCACGAGCAUCUCGAGCCGGGCUCCAACAUCAAGGAGCUGCCCGCCCACAACGACACCAUCACCGCGCUGGACUUUGACGCCCCGUGGGGGACCCUCGUCACCGCCUCGCUGGACGACACCGUGCGCGUGUGGGACCUGAACGCCGGCCGCUGCAUCGGCAUGCUCGAGGGCCACCUGUCAUCGGUGCGCUGUCUGCAGGUCGAGGAGAAUGUGGUCGCGACAGGCUCCAUGGACGCCACCAUCCGCCUCUGGGACCUCAGCAGAGCCGAAUACGCACCCCUCGACAACCGGAUACACAAACACGGCGACGGCGACGGCGACGGCGACGGCGAAGAAGACGAGGACGGCCUCGCCUUUGAAAACGCCGCCGACGCACCGCCGCCGCCGCCGCCGACCAUCAUGCAGGACUGCCCCCUGUUCUCGCUCGAGUCGCACGUCGACGAGGUCACCGCCCUCCACUUCCGCGGCGACACCCUCGUCUCGGGCUCCGCGGACAAGACGCUGCGCCAGUGGGACCUCGUCAAGGGCCGCUGCGUGCAGACGCUCGACGUGCUGUGGGCCGCCGCGCAGGCCUCGGCCACCGACACGACCAACAGCGGCCAGUGGCGCGGCACGGGCCGCACAGUCGACUCGUCUGCCGACUUUGUCGGCGCCAUCCAGGUCUUUGAUGCCGCGCUGGCUUGCGGCACCGCCGACGGCAUGGUCCGUCUGUGGGAUCUGAGGAGCGGGCAGGUGCACCGCAGUCUGGUUGGCCACACGGGGCCCGUCACGGCCCUGCAGUUUGACGACGUGCACCUCGUCACCGCGAGCGCGGACAGGAGCAUUCGCAUAUGGGACCUCCGCACGGGAUCCAUCUACGACGCCUACGCCUACGACAACCCCGUGUCCAGCAUGAUGUUCGACGCGCGCCGCAUCGUGUCUGCCGCCGGCGACGACGUGGUCAAGGUGUACGACAAGACGGACGGGCGGCACUGGAACUGCGGGCCUGGCGCGGCUGCGGACGGGGGCAAGCGCAGCGUCAUUGAGCGCGUCAGGAUCAAGGACGGCUACUUGGUCGAGGGCAGAAAGGACGGCACCGUGGGUGUGUGGUCGUGCUAG